AUGCCGCGCCUGACCACUAGGGUGGCGACGCCUUCCCCCGUUCCGACUCCUACUCUGUCCGAGGCGAGACCAGAAGAGGAGGUUGCGGCAAAUUCCUCGUUGCCUGCGCCUGAAGAGGGGCAAAGACGGUACGCGCCCGUGCCGGAAGAAAAGCGAGAAGAAGACAAGGAAUCGUCGGCGACACUCGUGGCACGGGAAGCCUUGCCUACCCAUCACGGCCACCCAGCCGAACCCCGGACCGAGCCGGGGAUUCCGGGGAAUCCAGCGACUUCAACUUCCGAGCAGAAGCCAGAGGGUGGCCAAAACUCGAGAAAUGAUGUGGCGCGGGAACCUUUCGAUGCUGGGGAAUCCUCUGCCCCGUUGCGCUCAGAGAAGCCGUGCAGUCGAACGGGCGAAAGAGGUCGCGGCGGCCUCCCGCCCGAAACGCACGUAGAACCGCCGACCGUCUCGCCUCUCAAAGCAGAAGAGCCGGGCGCCGAAUCAUCCGCACAGCAGCUGGAAGAGGAGCGACAUGGGGAUGCAGCGACUGACUCUCGGCCGUUGCGGACUGCGAGAGACGAUCAACUGACCUCGUCGGCUGGUACUGGGGCGGCUGAGUUCUCCCCUUCCAGAACGUUCCACGUUCGUCCCUGUGGGUGGCCUGCGUCGCUUCCCUGUGCGGUGUAUAGACUCCCGCGGCCUCCUUCCACAGGAGGAUUUUCUGACGCGUUUUCUGGCGCCGUGCAUCUGACAGGCCUCGCUUUCUCCGAGCCCGGCAAACCGCACAACCUCGACGGCCUCGCGGCGCACUGGGCCGGAGGCAUCCUCGUCCGUCGGAAAACGGGCGAGACGUCGCUUCUCAAGGCUGAGCGGCAGUUUGUCAGGCUUCAGCGACGUGGACGAGCGGGUUCGAGUUCAGACGAAGAUGCCGCCGAGCUCGGGGAGGCGGCGUCGCCCCGCGCCUCAUUCCGUCGCGGGCGGCGUCCUCGGUCUGCCGGCCUCGUCCCAGCGCCGUGCGAGAGCUUCCAGAGAGACCCGCGCGGGCGCGCGCCACGAAGGCGCCUCACGCGGAGGCUGAGCGACGCAGCCAGUGAAAGCAGCUCUGCCACGAAACAUAUUCCGUGGGCGGGCGUGGUGACGAAGGAAGCAUGCAGAGCUGCGACUGGGGCCCCGGCCGGCGUGGGGCGGUCUGUGUCUGACGCAGAGCCCCGUUCGCGGACCUCUGAGAGGUCGGCAGACUCCGAGGGUCCGAAUGGGGAGGUGGACGAGGACAGGAGCAACUUCCAUGCGGACUCUGGAGCGGAACCUGGCUGUGGGCGGGAUCCUGCAGAACGCAACGGGGCGACAGCGGUGGCCGGUCGCGAAGGCGCAGGCGGCGACUCGUGUGGAGAGAGUCCCCCCACGCCGCUGGUUUCUGGCGACGCUCCCCCAGCUGGGUUUUCUGGCAUCACCGACUCAUCGCCAUUCCCUGGACAGUCGACAUGCUCGAGUCUACAUUUUCGCGUACGCACCGUGCCACGCACCAUCGCCUGCUCCUUGAGCGCCGUAGAGGAGCAGUCACAGUGCAGCAGCUCCGCCAGCCAGUGGCAGGGGACGGCGUUCUCGGACAACACCUGCGAGUCAACCACGACUUUCUCGUUCAUGGAAGACGGAACCGCCAUCGGCGGUCCGCCGCUGAGACUCCCUGCCGUCCCCCCUCCUCUUUGUGUCCCGGCGACGUUUCUUGGAUCUUCCGUCCACGCCUCGCGGACCCGGCCUGAGGCUGAAGAGGCAGAGCGCGGCGCUGUGUCGUCUCGCCUCUGUGCACGUGAAGCGCAUCAGGAAGCAGGAGUCAGGACUGGCCCAGUUCGGAGUGCUCCCGGGUCGGUCUCGCGCGUUGAGGCAGGCGACGCACACGCAGUCGCGGAUGGGCCGAGGGAAGGAAUGUCUGCGUGCCGGGUUCCAACCAAGUCGCUGGCGCAUGCGCUUUCAAGCGAGAACGAGGGAGACAGAUGUGCACCCGCGCGUGCGUCGAGGCUGGUUGCGGCGUCGAGUCUGGAGCCGAAAGGCGCGUCAGAGGUGGCCCCUGUUGGUGCGGCGGCGUUUGCUGGCGCCGAAGCAUGCGCGGGUGCGGUCCCACACAGUUUCGCUCUCUUCACGAGGCACUGCGGGACCUCGGGGAAGUCAAUCGACACGGUGCGGAACGGAGAGGCGCCGGAUAUCCCAGAGAUCGGGUCGUCCGAGCAGGACCGGGGUUCCGCGGCUGAGAGGCAGAGCCACGUCUCUGCGCCUUGCGUGGCCGCUCCGCGUCGGUUUUUGAAAGAAAGUGUGCUGGACGAGAGGCAGCCAAAAGGCCUCGCCGGAGGCAAGUUGACGCGAGAGGAGGGGAGAGCGGGACUUCCGCGACUGCUUCCCAGGAUCAUCUACGACCCGUGGAACGAGGAAAUCGGGACCAGCUGCAGUAGCCCUAGGAGUAGCAGUUUGCGCAGCACCCCCACGGACAACGCCUUCAGGACUGGCGGGCCAGGAUUCACUUUCGAGUUGAGCAGAAAUCCAGAUAGAGCCGGCGUUCUGUCUGCCUCAGCGCCAGGCCAGCUGGGCUCUGCCGCGCGUCCCUGGGAGGAGCGGGCGGCACAGCCUGAGAGGACUGCUGCAGGUAGCUUUCCAGGUUCCCGAAGAGGCGAGCAAAAGGCUGGAGGAGAGCAGAAGGGUCGAGACGCCAGAGCCAGACUCGUGAUGACUCAGGCGGGGCCCGAGGCGCAGACGCAGGCGCUUCCGGAGGUGUUUGACGCCGGGCACGGAGACGCGAUUGUGGUGCUCGGCAGGUCGACAGAUCGGCGAGAGACGGAAGGUCUCCGUGCGUCGGAGACCGCGCUCCCACACUUUGCUUUCUCUCGCUCGUCCCUUGCUCUGGAAAGGGACGGUGCGUCAGAGGCCGACGUGGAUGCCAGCGGAGAGACGACAACGGCCUCAGGCUUGGCCCCUGUACAGACGGUCGACACGCGCCUCUGCGUGGAGACAGAUCCUCGCCCUCGUGCUCGGAGCUUCGUCACGACUCGACUGCAAAGCGAAAGAAGCGUUUCACCGAAAGACGGCUCGGCGGCAGUUCAAGUGGAAAUCGCGAGUGCUUCGGCGAAUCUCCCUCAGCUGCUCACCCGCAGCUCGGGUGCCGAAGGAGGUAUCCUGCGAGGCAGGGACGCGUCAGGGGGUGCCCAGAAAGAGGGGACCAAAUCCGCGACGGACGCUGGGGAGACGCCGAUCGAAGGCCCAGGGCCUCAAGGGACAAGGCCGUCCCGCCGCGGCGCCGACAGCGACGCGACCACGGUCGUGCCUCCAGGAGCGGGGGCUCCAGAGGACCAGGGGAGCCGCAUCGACACGGAAGGCUCUCCUAGCAGUUCCGAAGACUGGGCGCAGACAGAACAAACUGGCGAGGAUGCUCAAGAGGAAACAGGUGAGGCGAGAGGCGGACUGUACGUGGCGCCCACGAGGAACGCAGGAGACAGGCUUCCUCCCGCGAGCGCAGGGAUGAACUUCGUUCUCCACGCGGAACUUCUCUCGUCGGACACAGAGAGCGAGGCCGACACGCGCUCGCCCGCGGGCCGAUCGCCUGGCGAGGCUCCUCUUCUCGAAGGUCGCCACGCGCCCUGGGCGUCGGCGGGUUGGCAGAGGGGAAAGCGAUAUGUGGAAAAAGAUCCGACGCGUCUCUCUCGUUUUGGGAGAAGCGCGGAGGUUGGGGAAAAUCGCGCGGAGCUUGAAAAGCAGGCGCUGAGCGAGACGGACACGCUCACUUCCCAUCGGCGAAGUUGCUCGGCGGACUCGGCCUCCACAGAACAGCCCCUGGAGCCUCCCAGGAAGAAUUCCCUCGCUUCCGAGACGCUCAGCAGUGUCCAGGCGCCUGCCUUGGCAGCUUUCACCUGUCCUGCGAAAGACACUUUGCCGCCGAUCCCUUCUCUUCCCGCGUCCGAGGCAGGUUCUGCGGCGCUUGUCUUCAGCUUCUCCGGCCCCGACGGCAUCACGUGCCUUGAGGCGGCAGGCGUCUUGGACCCAAACAAUAAAAACACUGCAUGCGGCGUUUCUGUGGCGCCUGGCGAUCGGCGCUUCUCCCGGCGCGAGGCGACGGACGCGGUCGGGAGGAGCUCGGGAGAGGACGGGUCUUCGCGGCCAAGAGCCGAGGGCCAGGCGGGCAAAGAGAUCUUGCGGAAGAAAACGGACUCGGGCGAAUCCAGGGAUUUCCCCGUGUUCUCUCGCCUGGAGGAGGAAAUCCGACCUCCCCUGCCUCCGCAGCCAGCAGCCGCACCAGAACCGAUCGUUCAGAGCCCCUGGGGCGCCUUCACCGCUGUCGGGCCUCUUGCCGAGUCUGGCGCUUCGGAGGGACACUCGCCGGAAAAGCGACUUCAUCCGUUCAGGGCGAAGGAUGUGCGAGAGUCAAGCGGAGAGGCGUCGUCUUCAGCGAGGAUGAAUCUGGCGUCGGGGCCCAGAGACGGCGAGAGGAGCUCUGCCUUCGCAGGUCUUCCACGUUCUUCCUCGUCGUCUUUGGUAACCCGUUCAGGAACCGAUUCCGGCCCUUCGCAUAUUCCUCUUCCUGCGCUGUUUUCAAGUUUCUCCGGCCCAGCCGAGCCUCCGCAGAUCGCUUCUUCGCUCGCGGCCUCUCGCCCGUCGGCUUCCUGGGGCUCCUCUGCGCCGUUCGGCUCUUCCCUCUUCUCUUCUGCACGAGCGGACCCGCUGGCAAAGGAGCUGACGAGUCUAGACCAGAACGGGGAACAUCCGUUGACCGAGCGAGGGAGCGAACACCUCAGAGACAGUUCGCUCCUGGCUUUCAGCUUCUCAGCUUCUUCUCCGGUCGCCUUGGCCGCGUCUUCUUCUGAGCGACUCCUCUCCAGGGAGACGCUCCCGGCCGUGUGGAAGCCGCCUCCUCGUCGCCCCUCUUGCUUCGAGUUCAGGGCUUCCCGGCGAAGGGACGCGGAGACGAUCUGGGGCGAGAGCGGCGAUUCUGGCCAAGGGGGAGUGCCUGCAUGCUGCGCAUGCGGAGAGUCGGCGGUUCGCCGUGGCCGCGCAGCGGUGCCUCGCGAGAGUGCGGAGAGAGGUGAGAUCUGCGAAACGGACGAACUCGUCGACACUCAGGACUUGAGAGCGAUGAAACUCCGCACCUGCUGGGGUCUCGUCGAGGUCACAGCAGAAGGCGAGUUUUGCUUUGCCUUCAAAGCCCGCUCGGAACUGCGCGAUCUGUACAGCCCAGACGCGUCGUCCCGGAAGCUCGGAAAGACAGGCACAGAGAGACGAGCAGUCGCCUCGCCUGCGCAGGUGAAUCUCUCAUCUUCCGCGAGCGUGGGGAGCGAAGAGUUCGACGCCGAGGCGCGUUGUUCCUCGUCUGUCUGCUCCUCGUCUGUCUGUUCCUGGUCUUCCCGGACGCGUCAGCCUGUGCUGGCGAGGCCUGGGGAGAAUGUCAACGAAGCCUCAAAAAGAGUGGCAAGUCGAGACGUUGAGGCCUCCGCGAGCGAGAUCGAGUCGGCGCCAAGAGCCUGGAAACCAGGCGUGGAGCUUCUCUUUGUUGUGGAGACGGGAGGCCGUUUGGUUCGCGUCCAGGAACUUGGAGAAACGUCUGCGGGGCGCGUGCUGAAGCGCUUCCACGUAGAGUGUCUGUCGGGGCGCCAGGCUCUCCGCUACCAGUAUGCAUGCCAAGUGGUGGCCUGUUUGAAGCAGCACACGCCGAAAGUGAUUUUGAAGAACUCCGGGAUCGGCGUCUUCCAGUUGAUGAGCAACACGCCUGCAGAUUUCGUCGCAACCUUCACCUCGACGUUCUCUCUGUUCAUUGCCUCCAUCCACAUUCGCCGCGGCGUCGUCUGCUUCCAAACGCGCCUCGGCGACUCUUUGCACUUGCCCGCGGACGACGUGGCUACGGCCCUCACGCAGAACCCGAUGGAGACUCGGUCGUUCGCGAGCGGCCUGACCGCGAGGAGCGAGAGCGUGUGCGUCUCCGCGAAGAAAAAAGCGCCGCUGUCGCUCGGAUGUCCGAGUCUGCGGCGCGCUCAACCGCCAGACACCCAGAGCUGGAGCUCCUCGAGCUUCGCCGGGUCCGAAGACGCCCUUGGCUGUGGCCGCGGGAGAAGCCACGCCAGCACUGCAUGCAGCAGCCACCUCGCGGGCUCUCGCGCAGAGGCGCCGGCGAAGAAGGAAGAGAAGGAUUCGGCGCCGGGGGGCCGGGGAACUCCGACCUCCGAGACGGGGGCCGUUGCUUUUUCCGGCCCGAAUGGCGGCGAGUUCUCCUUCGGACCUUGCGCCUCCUCUGCGGACCUGUCCUCGACCGCCUCAGGCGCCGGGGAAGCGAAGAUCCAGCGUGGACGCGAGGCCUGGCAGGAGAAAAAGCGGCAGCAGUGGGAAGAAGUUCGAGCGGCGCUGGCUGCGGCGCAACUGCCUCUCGCCUCCGUUGUGCAGGCGUGGCAAGUCGUGCUCCGAGCCUUUGCAGUCUGCUGUGAAGAGGAGCGGCGCGGCCUGUGUACGUACACCGGAAAACUGCAGAAGGAACUGCGCCAGGUCCAGAGCGACGACGGGGACACGCGCGCGGACGAGGCUUCUUCUUCGGGGCCGCUUGCGGGCGAGUGCGGCAAACUGGAGAGGAAGGCGGAAGAGACGCUAGACGUUGCGCAAUUGCGCCGACACAUCUACCAAAGCGUCUUCCCCAUUACGGCGAAGAGGAAGAACCAGGAGUGGGUCUGA